AUGAUACUAGAAGAACAAAAGCCCUUCACCACUGAAGAACUCUAUGAAUACCGUAAGGUCCUAGUAGACUGGAAAUGGCGAGGUCCUGAUGCCAUUUACUUUGUUCUAGGCUAACUAUGCAAGGGAACCCUAGAAAGAGAGGCGAUUGUGCAAAGCAAAAUAUAUAAGAGUGUCUAUAUCCUCAGGGAGUCUAUCAGGAAGGCUCCCUCAACUGAUAUGGCAUUAUAUAAUAAGGAUUAAAUCGCCACCAUUUUGUUAAAACUCAAGUCCAUUCAUAAUUAGAUCAAAGAAAUAAUUUCUAAGCCCCCUAAGCGAGAAAAUAAAAAGACCAUAUUUUCUGUUGCCAAAUAUACUGAUAACAUCCAAGGAACCUAAUCCAAUAUUCAACUGGGAGACUACUUGCCUCAAGACUAGAGGGAUAAGAUCAGAGCUAAAUUGUCUGAGUAUCUACAGAAAUAACUUUAAUAAAAAUAAUAAUAGGAUCUUUUUUAGGAGGAAAAUUUAGUGGACAAGUGCAAUAAGUUAGCUGAUGCUCUUGAAAACAAUUUAUACAACAAACAUUAUUAAACAGUAGCACCAGGAAAAAAUUAUAGUUCUGAUUUGAAAACCUUAUACCAAUACUUGGGCAAAGACAAAUCAGGGAGAGUGCUACACAAGUUAUUUGAAGGCUUUUUUACAGUGAAUUAAGCAUGUUAAUUAUAACUGAAGGAUUGGUUGGAUGAAGAAGUUAUUAGAGAGUUAGAAAAUAGAAAAAUUUCUGAAAUGAAAGAUGACGAUGCAGAUUACUAUAGAUAGAUUCGCAUCAAGGAAAUGACUCAAUCGAAAGGUUAGGAAUGUCCAAGAUGUCAUAAUAAUUAUUUAUACAUAAUUGAAACUAAAUAAAUAAGAAGAGCAGAUGAACCAGCUACAAUCUUCUACGAAUGUUUUGCAUGUUAACAUAGAUACAAAGUUUGAGUAUUUCAAUUAAAAUUAUAAUUUUGUUUC